UGAGUUAAUGUGUCAGUCGUAAGCGCGAUCUCGUCGCGACGCGCAACUCAUGAGACCGGUGACUCAGUCAGAGUUCAAUUUAUAUUUUGUUCCGUUUUUUUCCUUUUUAUUUUAAACCAAAAAAAACAACAAUUUACGACGAUAGCAACGAAGACACCGGCGCAUCGCGUUUUAGCUGUGUCAGUUAAUCGCGGACCGAAGGGAAGAAAUCGAUCGAAAACAGUUCUCAAUGGUUUAAACUGAACGUAUCACUCUUUUUUAACGUCGAUCGCGUGUUCGAAUAAUUUUGAACGAGUUUGUUACGUUGUCGACGAGUGACAACGGUUUUGUGGAACUUUUGCCAUUGUGUUUCUGUGGCGCCGACAGUAUUAUCCUGAACGAUUUUUUCUUUCGGAACUAAUUAGGAGGUUGAUCAGUGAGUAAACGGACGAUUAUAUUUCUGCACCGUAGAAAUCGAAAGUCUCCGAGCGUUUUCAAGUUCAAUUAUGUGCCGCGCGCUUGUUUGGGCAACAAGUGUCGCCGAGUUCCGGUGACGAUUUAUGGCCGCCUUCCGAAAGCGGUCGCCGCGAGACGUUGCAAUGACGCAGCAUCGAGAGGAAACGGGUGAAAGUAAGAAUUGAAGGGGUUGCGCGAGAGAAAGCGUCGGUGGUGGCGGGAUCGCAAUGAAAGCCAAUAAACCGUGAUGAGUAAGAGAGUAGCAGCAGUCGGAGUGGUAUUAAUAAAUUAGUGUCUAGUUGCUAUAAGCAUCGGCCACAGGAGCAUCAACAGAUAGGAGAAGCGUACGACGUGCACAAGGGAGAAGGAGAGAGAGAGGGGGCGAAAGAGAGAAGGAGAGAAACGCGUAUGGGAAGAAACCGGAGGUGGAGAUGAUGGGGACGAUGAUGGACAGUGAUCAGUAUUCGAUGGCCUUGAAAUUUAAGAAAUGAUUCGAAUGAUCUCGAGCCGGUCACGAGGAUGACGAAGGUGGCAGAUUAGCUGAAAGGGUCGUCGAGGACGGAGGAGGGAAGGUGGCGAAGUCAUCGGAGCGGACAAGGAGAAACAGACGCUGAUCGCGGCGUCCGUGCACACGGGUCUCGUCUGUGUGCGGGCUCCGAACCCGUCGUUGUCUGUUCAACGGCCGUGUGUGCGAGUGCCAGCGCGAAAGAAGACAAUUGACUCGCAGCCUAGCCGCCGCCGUGCUUGCCGGGGGCCUUCUGACGUCACAUCCUGUCCACUGGCUAGUCGCGAUCUCGUUUGGACCACGGCACACCAAGCGAAACGACGAUGGCGAACGUCAAACGGAUCGUCGGGGUCCUCGUCUGGGCGAUCGCGUUCACGACGAUCCAAGCAGAUCUGACGGACUCGUCGGAAAGCGACCAGUCCGACGAAUUGGACGGGUUCACCACGACCAAAAGGACGUUCCCGGACAGAUGUCUCGUAAAAAUGGAGCCUGGCCCGUGCAAGCAGUACGUACACAAGUGGUCGUUCAACAAGACUGAAGGGAAAUGCAGGAUGUUCCCUUACGGCGGCUGUCUGGGAAACGAGAACCGCUUCAACUCCGAGAUCGAGUGCCUUCAUUAUUGCGUGGGUGGGCCCGAACAUACCCUUCCGCCGUACUUGAUCACGAAGGGCAGCGUCUUUGUGACCAGCACCGCGACUACCAGCACACUGCCUUCUACCACCGUCGUUACUCCGCGGCCGACGUUCGCACCACCCGCGCCAACGAAACCACCUGUACCGAAGUACAAAAGGGGAAAGGAGCUGACUUUCAUGGAGUCGGGGUACGAGAAGACGUUCAUGUUCGCGCAAAGUAACACGUUCAUCCAACUAGACGGGCCGGGCAUCAAGCUGUUCCAAUUACGACUGUGCCGGGAGAUAUCGUUCAAGUUCCGGACGAAACUGCCCCACGGCCUUCUGGUCUAUCACAGCGUCAAAGAUCGACCGGAAAGCCUCGAUCCGUACGCCUUGUACGUGAUCGUCGAGAAGGGUCAGCUGAAGGUCGUCCACGUGUUCGGGAAGAAAUCGACCAGCUUGACGGUGGGCGAAGGGCUGAACAGGGACGAAUGGCACAGCGUUCUCGUCAGGAUCGACGUGCACGGGGCGAAAUUAAUAGCCAGAGUGGACGACAAACAGGAGGAGACGACGCUCAAGGUUCUAGAGCAUGUGGUCAAUUACGGCGUGUCCGACGAACUGGCUUCCGUCGUCCUCAUUGGAGGAUUGAGUUCGGAGGAGCGACUGCACGGUGUCAAAUACAUAAUAGAGUCCUUCGUGGGCUGCAUAAGGGACAUGGUACUCAGUUCCGGUAAAUCGGCGAGCGAUUUGCUGCCGAUUCAGCCUCUGAUCGCAACGAAACACGAAAACGUGCAAGAGGGUUGCAUAGACAUGUGCAGGACACGAGAGAAUCUCUGUUUCAUCUCCAACCAGUGCGUGAAUCACUAUAACAGUUUGACCUGCGACUGUUUUGGGACCAAAUACGAGGGUGUAAAUUGCGAUGUGUAUACCGCAACGAUUUUAACGUUGAGAGGAUCCUCUUACGUCUCGUUUCGCGUCUACGAUUGGAAGGACAGGGUCCAUUCGUCUGUCAACAGAAUUAGUAUCGCGUUCAAGACAAAAUGGGACGAUUCAGCUUUGUUCUACGCAUCCGGCGAGAUCGACGGGACUCCUCACUAUGUGGCAGCGUCGAUCAUGAACGGAUCCGUGCACGUCGAACUGGACUUCGGGCACAAUUCGAAGAUUUCCACGGUGCUCGGCGAUUACAUCACCGCGAACCACUGGAACAAUUUAACGAUAUUCCACAAUGGAACGUUGGUUUUCGUUAGCUUGGACGACGAGAUCAAAGUGCUCGAGGUCCCCGGAGAAAAUUACAACAUGAUCAUCGAUCCGGAAAUCUACAUCGGCGGUGGCCCGGAAUUGCACAAGAAGAACGGCCUGCUUUCGUACAAUAAUUUUGCAGGCUCGCUGAAGUACGUGUUCUUCAACGACAAGUCUAUCAUUUAUGAAUUGAAAAAAUCGAACCCGAUGGUGCACUACAUCGGCGUCCUCGAGCCAGAAUACUACGAAGCCGACGUCGAUGUAAUUCCAAUAACGUAUCCGUUCGCCGGCAGCCACAUUUGGUGGCCGAUCGCGCGAACCGAUUCUCUGAAAUUGAAUUUUGAUUUCAAAAGCUCGAAACCGAUUGCGGUGGUCGCGUCGGGAAACGUAAAGAGCAACGGCGAUCCUGGAUACUGGGAGCUCCGUUUAGUUAACGACGAGAUACGUUUUCACCUGAUCCCCGUGACCACCGAGAACAUAACAGUCACGGCUGCAGUGAAGUUCCCGCCGUACAACACAUCCUGGCACGCGGUUGAGCUGAACUAUACCAGAGGGGAACUUAGCAUCGUUGUGGACUACAGGAACAAACAGAGCAAACUGUUCGCCAUGACCUUCGAACUCGGCGAAAAAGUGAUUAUCGGGAGUGGCAAGGGCAAUGCGGGUUUGGUCGGCUGCAUGAGGGAAAUUCGAGUGAACGACGAAAGGAUCGAGCCGAGACACGUGGUGAACACCGAAAGAGUGUUCGGAGAGGUGGCCUUGGACAAUUGCCAGUUCGUUGACCCUUGCACCAGACCGAACACCUGCGAACACGGCGGAAAAUGUUCGGUGAAAGAGAACAAGAUCAACUGCGACUGCACCGGCACCGGUUACUUGGGCGAGAAUUGUCAUUUCGCGGAAUUCAGAAAGACAUGCGAGGAAUUAGCCCUGUUAGGCUACUCCCAGGACGACGUCUACACGAUCGACAUCGACGGAAACGGCAGGUUUCCACCGGCCGUGGUGAAAUGCGAGUUCCAGUCUCUCGAGGACUCGACGAAGACCAUCGUGGAGCAUAAUCUGCCUUCGCAGAUGGACGUCCGGUCCAUCGCGGAGUCGGAUUUCUCUUUGAACAUCAAGUACAGACAGUUCACCGCGGAGAUGCUGCAGGAGCUGAUCUCUCACUCGCUUUACUGCAGUCAGUACAUCAGGUACGACUGCUCCAAGGCACCAUUGGAGCUGCACAGUGCCACGUGGUUCCUGAGCUCCAGUGGAACCACCGUGGACUACAUCGGCAACGUGAAAAGGGGAUCCUGUCCUUGCGGAAUGAACAGGACCUGCGUCGACCAAAACCUGAGCUGCAACUGCGACAUUUUCGACGGGAACGUGAAGUGGCUCUCCGACGAGGGCUUCUACGGUACUCCGGACUCUCUGGGCAUCACUGGUAUGGUCUUCCUGCAGCAAAGAGACCUCGCGGAGGAUGCUCAAGGUCGAAUUACUCUGGGUCCCCUGGAAUGCGUCGAGACGAACACCCAAAAGUACGUAGUCACCUUCACAACUUCGCAAUCGUACAUCGAAGUGCCAGGCUGGCGGAAAGGAGACAUAGCCUUCAGCUUCCGGACUACCGGCGAGAAAGCGAUUCUGCUUUAUCAGCCACCCAUCAGGAGCAACUAUCCGUCCUUCAUGGUGACCCUGACCUCGGAGAACCGUUUGACCUUCACGUUCACCCUGAACACUGGCAGGAUCAGGGAGAUGGAGGUGAAAAGCCAACGGAAGCUGAACAACGGCGAGUGGCAGAAGAUCUGGAUCGAUUACAACGAUUAUCACGUCAGAUUCAUGAUCAACACCAAACACCAAAUGGUGAAUCUCACUUCCGAAGAGGAGUUUGGGCCUUUCGAGGGUUCCAUGUUCAUCGGGGGCGCCACCGCGGAACACUUGAGGACCUCGUCGAUCCGGCAGGGUUUGAUCGGCUGUUUCCGCGGUCUUGUCGUGAACGGCGAGAUCCUGGACAUCCACAGCUACAUGUCCGUCCACCUCUCCGAGAUCAUAAAAGACUGCAAGCCCUCCUGUCAGCCGAACAAGUGCCAGAACGGCGCCUCGUGCGUCGAACUCUGGAGCAACUUCGAAUGCGUCUGCGAGAACAAAUGGGCCCACCUUGGCACCUACUGCGAGAGGAACAUAAACGAGAAGGCGCUCACCUUCACGUCGCAGGGAGCCUUCCUGAACAAGAAUUAUUUCGGCACGGACGACGAGAACGAGGAGUCGUCGGUGUUGAAGAGCAUACUCCAGCAGAAUGUGCUGAUCAAUCUGAGAACCUACGACACUUAUUCGCUGAUCCUCUACGCUAACGAUCACCUGAACAACUUCGUUCAUUUGUACAUAGCGAACGAGUCGAUCGUGUACUUGUUCAACUCCGGCAACGAGAUCAAGAACAUCACCGUGGAGCAUCCGCGUGCGAACACAGGGAUCUCGGUGCAGAUCGCGAUAAUCCGCGACGAGAAGUCGACGACGCUGCACGUGAACGAAUACAACAAGACCAUAAACGCGACCGCGGUGCUCCUGGAGAGUUAUUCGAACAAGCCGUGGGUAAACCCCGAGAAAGAGAUUCUGGCACCUCAAAGGCCACCCGCACCGCCCACUACUUACUUCCAGGUGAAUCUAGGAGGCUUCGACCCGAACGAUUUGCUGAUAGUCGGCAAGGAGGAAACGCAGAUCAAGGACUACGUGGGCUGUCUUCGUGGUCUGAUGAUCGGGGAGUACCUGGUCAAUCUUCCUAAACUGGCGAACGAGGCGAACCACGAAGGCACCAAGGGCGUUCUAGCCGACUGUCAAAUGAAGUGCGACGCUGUGCCUUGCAAGAAUCUCGGCAUCUGCACCGAGAACUUCGGCAGACAGGAGUCCUUGUGCAAUUGCGAACUGACCUCGUAUUUCGGGGAGAACUGUGUCGACGAAAAGGGAGCAGACUUCCGAGGCCAGAGCGUUCUUCAGCGCGAGUUCGAUCUGGUUGGGCCGGUGAAUCAAGUGAAGGUUCAACUGGCGUUCUCCACGAACGAACAUCACCCAACGCAUAACACCACGUUGCUGCUACUGCAAACCGAGAACAAAAGAAGCUACUACUUGCUGGUGGCUCUGACGCCCGAGGGUCACCUAUUGUUCGAAGAGAACACGGAAGGCGUUGCUUGCGGCGUUAAGCGGGAGAACACGAACUUCCUGAACGGCGCUCGUCACAGCGUCUACUAUGUCCGUGACAACAACACCACCACGCUUUGGGUCGACAGAGAGAAGGUGGAACUGGCGCCGGAGUCGGUACUGAAGCUGGGCGACGGCGAGGGCGAGAGUCCCGGGGUGACGGAGAUCCAGUUGGGCGGAUUGAACACGACCGAUUCCCGUUUCCGCGAGUUCAAAGGGUACACCGGCUGUCUGAGCAACGUCGUGGUAUCGAUCAACGGAGGUCCUGGCAUGAAGCCACUCGAGGAAUAUAUGCUAUUUACGAAACAGGGAAGUGAAACCGUCAGGGCGACGAUACCGGCCGGCGUGCGGAGCGCGCAGUGCGCUGUCUUCGAUGCGCAACCCCGUGGCCAGGAUCCGCCCAGAAACGACAGCGUGGGUCACGACCGAGCGUGGGUGGAGGACCCGCCCAAGAAGAUACAGUACAAGUCGCAAUAUUCCGACGCGACCCAGGAGGAGCAGGGUGCCGGUACUUACAUCUUCAUCGUGCUUUGCUGCGUGUUCGUGACCGCCGUUGUCGGCUGCAUCUACGAGGUCUGGCGAAGCGCGAGGAAAGACCGAAGACGCAGAAGGGCGUCGGUGGUCUCGGCGACGUCGACGGUGCCGGCUUCCAGCUCCCAGAGAUGGCAAUCGCCGCAGUACACGGACGCGAUCGGGGCCGGGGUGAAAACGGUAGGCUUCAAGACUGUCACCGAGGACGAGAAGAGGCCGAACGGCACCCACGUCAAGCCGCCGAGCAAAGAGUACAAACCGCUGCCCAACGCGGAGUCUAAAGACUUAAUUAACGAUAAAAGGGUUCAUAUUAAAGCAGAUGAAGAAUCAGAGAAGAAGGAGCUCCUAGGGGUAAAUACAGGCACCAUCACUAAACCUCCGAAACCAAAUCCAUUCUCGAUGGAGGAUCUGCAGGAGGAACCGGAACUGGAGGAACGCGAGGAAGAGGAGGAGGAGGAGGAGGAGGAGGAAGAGGAGGAAGACGACUCGAAGCGAACGAACGAGGACGCGGAGGAGGCGGACAGAAGGAAUUUACCAAAAGUGGAGAUCGCAGAUGAGAUAGAUGUCGCGAAGUCGCCGGAUAAUUCGUCUAGGAUAAGUAUCGAGGAGAUCGUUGAGUCGUUAGACACCAAACCCGAGCACGGUGACGCAAAUACGGAGAACCCAGUCUAGAGGUAAACGUGUGCAACGCUAUCGAACGAUCGCCGUCGCUCGAAAAUCCGUCUACAGAUACUGCGAAGCCUUUGCUUUACAAACUGCCACCUAUCUAUCUGUCGGACGACAGAAGAACGUUCGGAAGUCCGCUGAAUUAUCUAGCCGCCUCGAAUUUUCACUCAAGAAGCAGACAUUCCGUAGAAUCGAUACUCUCCCUGGACUGAUCAUCCUUCCGUCGAGAAACGAUCGAUCGUUUACUUUCGUGUCACGUUGUUAUCGGUCGAAGUGACAACGACGAGAACGGAUCGACGAACGGAAUACAUACAUUGUUAACCGAGAAUUCGACGAAGAAAUGUGUGUAUGUUACUUACGAAGUAUGUAAUAUUUUCGUUAGCAAAUUAGCGACGGAGAUCGUCGUCGUUCGAUGUUGUAUGAAACGAUGUAAUUGAACUGUGUUUUGUCAUACUUCGUGUAUUUACAGUCGCUCAUUAAAGUGUUUGGACGAAUUGGAUGGAGCCCGGAGCUUUUGUUGUAGACAAUUUCGAAAUUCGAACCGUUUUUAGCAUAGGGGUAUAGUGGGGAAUAUAACAAAGAGGGGGUUAAUAUCUUAAAACAGGCCUCGGAAUUAACCGGCACGGGACACGAGGGUCGCGAGGACUACGCCUACCGAAAAAGGAGGCGUUAGCCCUCGCGAUCAUCGUGUUGCGUGCCAGUUAAUUCCGUGCCCUGUUUUAAAGGGAUAAUAAAAGUAUAAAAUAUUUUAAUAGGUUGGAAAUAAUAUAAGUUCUAUUAAUAUUUCCAUAGUUCUCAAUUUGCUGUCUAUAUAUUGUAUUCCCAAGAGUGUAAAUAAUACGAAUGAAAAAUUGAAUACUGCAAAAAAUCAGAUCGAAAUAGCGUUCAAAUAUUUUUAACGAGAAUGCGAUUGCCUUUUUUAAACGUGUAACAGCAUAUCUUGGAAAUGAAGGUUUUUAGAUGCGGAUAGUCGAAAUACUUCCAUGAACGACUGUGCCUUGCUAAAGAUUAUCUAUUCGUAUAAUCAUGUUAACAGUAUUGUCGUCGCUUCUAAUCAUCGUGCAUUCGAUGCAACCGUUUCAAUGGGUGCUUGUGAACGAUUUCAAUGAAUGAUUCAAUGUGUUGAACAACGAAAUCUUUCCACGAGAAUAUAGAGAUGACACGCGAGAAUCGAACGUCUAGACGAAAUAUUUUAUUAUAGCUCGAGCAUAUGCGAAGCAAGGUUCCGUAACUUAUUUUAGGAAUAGAUGGUUCGCAAGUUACAAACGUAAACGUAGAUCGAGAAAUUGAGCGGACCAAUUGCGUAACGUGUCUCAAUCGAGGCAAACGUUUGUUCACAUUUAAUUAAAAGAAAAUAAAAAGAUACAAAUAAAGUUCUUGGCAUAUAUAGAA